AUGAAAAGGAUCAAGAGGUCUAAGAAGCGAGACGAAAGGAAUGAUAUAAACGAUCCGUUUAUCAUGAUUCCUAUGGAACUCAAAGUAAUGAUUCUCAUGAAACUGCCGCCGAGAUCCAUAGCCAGACUCCGUUUCGCUUCUAAACACUUGUCGUCGAUCAUCCUCGGCAAAGAGUUCACCGAGAUGUACAUGACUCGAUCUUCGUCUCAGCCUCGUCAUCUUGUCUCAGUGCACCGUGGCAGCGACAUGCAGCUCUUUCACUCCUUCUCUCAGGAGGAGCAUUCUAAUGAUCACGACAAGGUUAGCUAUACACUGGAUCCGGAUGUACGACUGAUCUUCAUCGUCAUUUUUUCGCUACUUGAUGAAGUUGCAAAAUACAUUGAUGUAGAUAAGUUUGGCAAAGCUUACAAGUGUAGCUUCUUUAGUUUCCACUUGAUGUAG